GCGACGCCCGGCGCGCUGCCGCCGCUGCUGCUCAGUCGUUCCGCGUCCCCGUCUCACCCGCGGCCGCCCCCACUUUCUACAGUCUGUCCCACAUCGGCCGCAAGGAAAAAAAAAAAAACAAGAGACCACAACAAAGGGCUUCGCGAGAGCGGCCCUCCCCUUUAAAGAGCCCGUCCCUUUAAUGGCGCGAGCGCGCAUGUCCGCCUGGCUCGCGCUGCGCGCUCUUCGCCUCGCCUCGCCGCUCAGCUCACACUCUGCUUCCCUCCUUGUCAAUAUGAGCGCGCCGAUGUAUUAAUGCGGAGCGAUGGGAUUUCCGCAGACAUGGCUGGGAAACGCGCUGCUGUGACGCUGCUCGUCCUCGCGGGCUUCUGCUCGCUCUCAGACGCUUUGAGGUGCAACUGCACGGUGUGCGAGAAGACCGGCUAUGAGUGCGAGACAGACGGCGCCUGCAUGGCCUCCAUCUCCCACAUCGAGGGCCAAGACCGCCACGUGCGCAUCUGCAUCGCGGAGGUCAACCUGGUGCCGCCGGGUCAGCCGAUCUACUGCUUGAGCGCCGACGGGCUGCUCAACACACACUGCUGCUACACCGACUACUGCAACAGCGUCGAUCUCAAGAUCCCCCUGGGAAUCGCGGAAAAGCAAGCGGAUCAAGGCUGGCUGGGGCCGGUGGAGCUCGUGGCCGUGAUCGCAGGGCCCGUCUUCCUGCUGUGCGUGCUGCUCAUCGUGGGCGUCUUCCUGUUCCAACACCACCAGCGCACCUACAGCCACCGGCAGCGAUUGGACGUGGAGGACCCCUCCUGCGACCACCUCUAUCUGGCCAAGGACAAGACGCUGCAGGACCUCAUCUUCGACCUGUCCACCUCGGGCUCCGGCUCAGGCCUGCCUCUGUUUGUGCAGCGCACCGUGGCUCGCACCAUCGUGCUGCAGGAGGUCAUCGGGAAAGGUCGCUUCGGAGAAGUGUGGCGCGGCAAGUGGCGGGGCGGCGACGUGGCCGUGAAGAUCUUCUCCUCGCGCGAGGAGCGUUCCUGGUUCCGUGAGGCGGAGAUCUACCAGACCAUCAUGCUGAGACACGAGAACAUCCUGGGCUUCAUCGCUGCUGACAACAAGGGUAAAUGGAGCUGGUGCAAUAGAACCCUAGCAGGGAUGGGAAGUUUUCAGUGUGCAUUGCCAUCGUGCCACUAUGUGUGUCUUUCGAUCUCCAAUGCUUGUCUGCCCCUUGCUCCUUUCCCAGACAACGGCACCUGGACCCAACUGUGGCUCGUCUCCGACUACCACGAGCACGGCUCCCUGUUCGAUUACCUGAACCGCUACUCGGUCACCAUUGACGGCAUGAUCAGACUGGCGCUGUCGGCCGCUAGCGGGCUGGCUCACCUGCACAUGGAGAUCCUGGGCACGCAGGGCAAACCGGGCAUCGCCCAUCGAGACCUCAAGUCCAAGAACAUCCUGGUGAAGAAGAAUGGGACUUGUGCUAUUGCCGACCUGGGCUUGGCUGUCCGUCACGAGUCCAUAACGGACACCAUCGACAUCGCCCCCAACCAGCGCGUGGGCACCAAGAGGUACAUGGCUCCUGAGGUUCUGGACGAGACCAUCAACAUGCAGCAUUUUGACUCGUUCAAGUGUGCCGACAUCUACGCGCUGGGGCUCGUGUACUGGGAGAUCGCUCGCCGCUGCAACGCCGGAGGUGUCCAUGAGGAGUACCAGCUGCCCUACUACGACCUUGUGCCCUCAGACCCAUCCAUCGAGGAGAUGAGGAAGGUUGUGUGUGACCAGAAGUUACGGCCCAAUGUGCCCAACUGGUGGCAGAGCUACGAGGCCCUGCGUGUCAUGGGAAAGAUCAUGCGGGAGUGCUGGUACGCCAACGGUGCUGCCCGGCUCACGGCCUUGCGCAUCAAGAAGACUCUGUCUCAGCUCAGCGUGCAGGAGGACGUCAAAAUGUGACCGGCAGGAGCGGCACGCGUUUCUGGAAACGCACAAGAGACAAAACCUGCCAGUUCCCAAGUCGCAGUGGAAACUGUGACGAGGUCUACCUCGCGUUUGCAGCCAAAACUACUGAGUAUCUCGUCCCACCCCCAGCCCCUAGAGACUACCCAUACUCCUCGGUCCUACCCAAAUGGGCCACCCACAAGUGGUAGCGCUAGUACUACUCCUCCUGUCCCGUCCCGUCCCGCUUCUCUGGUUCCUAUGGCAGGAAUUGUACAGCGAUGACCUUUUUAAUGUCUAAAUUUCCCCACACAGCUAUGCGAAAGACUUCUGAGAUCAACACUGCAUAAACCCAUUUCUUUAGAGGUAGAUUUUGGUGGAUUUUAAUUUAUUUUUUUUUGUUCCUUUUCCCUCGGAGACUGUAGUGUAUUGCUGUGGUGAUAAUGUGAAAGUUGCUGUAAUUUUUACUUUUUGCUUGAGGUCAAGUGCCUCAAAUGUACAGACAGGGUGUAGCAAUGGCUGCCGAGGCCGUCUCGAAAAUGUAUGUUGAUGCUCCGCGUCGAUCGUGCCCGCGCGCGUCCCGAAGCGGGUACGCCGGGACACGAGCGCACGGCGACAAGUCGGUCCGGGGUUGCCCUGGAACAGAGCAAAUAAUUGCACUGUCUGCGCUGAUGGUAGACAAAGCUGUGCACAUUUAAAGUGCGAGAUGGAAAUGGAUUUUUAGUCCUUAUUUAAUCGUCGUUUAUAACCAGUUUGACCGUUUAUAUUUUGCGUUCUUAUAAAUCAAGCUGAGACUGUACAAAGGAGGUCAUUCAUGAGCACGCUGGCUAUUUAUAGUCACGACGCCACCCAUGGAGUCGGAAAAAUGGCAGAAAUGAAAGCAUGUCUUUCCUGCUUUACAAGGUGCUCACGCGUCACUGUAGCCUGUUCUCUCGGAGCGCCGUAACAUCUGUGCCGGGCCUUUCCGAGCGGAGCUGCGGCCCGUGAGGUCGCGUCCGAUGCCACGGGGCUCCUCCGAGAUUCGUCGGAAGUGGUUUCGUACCCGUGCAGAAUUGUCCGCCACGUUGCUUCGCCGACUGGAAAUGGGGAGUUUCUUGGGUCGGGACGUGAACUUCGAGUCUGAGGAUGAUGCUUUAGUGACGAGGAAGAGCACUGACGGGCGGGUCCUCGCCGGGGGGGGGGUUGGAUGUAGCCGAAAGACGGAAGACUCGAGCCUGUAUCUGCCGCCAGUGUGGCCGCUUGUUGUGCGAGAGCGCGGUCCACGUUGCGCUGGAAACGUGCUUCUGGAAGAACAUAGAAAACACUGAUAUAGCCACUGCAGAGAAGAAAAACGCACGAAUUGUAACUCAGGCUCAAAGUGCUGCUAUUGUUUCGAAUGAAAUCACUUCACCCUUUAUUUACUGAUGGUGUCCAACACACUGAGCAGAUGUGUAUGACUAUUAAAUGACAAUUUAAUGUCUUUGUACAAUACCUGUAAUCUGUAUAUAGAUGCUACACGUUUUAACUCACCCGAAAGACUACUGUAUGAUAGUUUUAUUAGGAAAAGGAGAAAAAAAAAAGCCCUUCCCACCCAGUCAGAUACAAGGUACAACUUAUCUUAAUAAACAGAACAUUAACAGC